AUGGCGCCAGCCAGACACCAAGAGGAUGUAGGGCGAAAUGGCGAGCAUUUCGCUUCUUCAGUCGCUGCCUACGAGUCGGAUACUGACUACAGCUGCAUCUCGCUCGACUCCGACGACUUUGACUUCCCCGUUGUCGAAGCUCCGUCGAGCAUAGAAGCGCAGAACGGAGCUGGCGUAACCGCCUCGAUCGAUGCGCAGCGGGCGCUCCCCCCGGCAGAUGAACAGGUCCAACUGCUGCAAACUGCAGGCAAUGGUGUCCAGCCACAUGCGAACCAAGGAGACUCUUCAGCUCGGGGGGAAGAACGUGUCGAUAACGCCGAACCUGAGCUGUGCCAGGAGCAGCGGGAACUGAUUGAUCUGAUUGUCAGUGGUCGCAGGGUCUUCUUCACAGGCUCGGCAGGAUGCGGCAAGUCCACUGUCCUCAAGGCUGCCGUCAGGAAGCUCAGAGAAUUGGGCAAAAGAGUCCACGUCGUGGCGCCGACUGGCCGAGCAGCCCUUGAGGUCGACGGUGUGACGACGUGGACCUACAUGGGAUGGACUGCCAACCACCACAAGAAGUCGAUAAACGAGCUGAGGGACUUAGUGCGCGUUAAAGAACGUGGCUAUCUCAAGAAAAGUCAUAACCACACCAACGUGCUCAUUAUUGACGAGAUAAGUAUGAUCGAGAACCACCACCUGGAGCGUAUGAACAUUUGUAUGAAGGAGGCCAGGCGAUCGGUGCAAUUCGGUGCGGAUCCGGAUACUUGGAUUGCUCCGUUUGGCGGAGCACAGGUCAUCGUGACUGGUGACUUCUGCCAGCUGCCUCCCGUGAAACCCUUUCAACAUUGCAUCGUCUGCGGGAAGAAGAUGCAGGCUGACGAUUACGAAACCGAGUACAACUGCCCGGAAAAUCAUGGGCCAUUCCAGGAGUCCGACAAAUGGGCCUUUAGGAGCAGGGCGUGGGAAGAAUGUGAAUUUAUUCAUGUGGAGUUGAAACAGAUCCACCGACAGAAGGAUGAAGGGUUUCUUAAGAUGCUGCAAAAAUGUCGACUUGGGAUUCCACUCUCCAUGGAUGAGACGAAUACCUUGAUGGAUCAUAAUCGUCAUGUCACCAACGCUACGCGGCUCUUCCCAACGAAGACGGAAGUGUCUGGGGUUAAUGAAAGAGAGUUUAGGAAGCUGGAGACUCAGAUAUACACAUACCAGGCUUUGGAUGGGUUUGACCCCAGGGGCCACAGGAGGUUGAAGUACCUCGCGAGUCACUCGAACUGGAUGACAGAGAACCUCGAGGAUCACCGUCUAGAACAAACAGUGGAACUAAGGAAAGAUAUGCACGUGGUGCUACAGGUCAAUCUUGACCUCCGGGCGGGGCUAUGUAAUGGUAGUCAAGGAAUUAUUGUCGGAUUUGAAGCCUAUGAUGAUGCCAAGCGCCCCAGAGCCUGGUCAGGACAAAAAGAAUCGUCUGGGCCACAUGCGGAAAGCCCGACGAUUUACGGGGAAAAUGCCCCCCUCAAAGAACAACAAGUAAGGAGUUUCAUGAGUCGGCAGAAAGACAAAAUGUGGCCUCGAGUGCUCUUUCAUCACAGCGACCAAAGGCGGACUAGUUGUAUACGGACUAUUUACCCAGAAUGCAUAGUCAACGAACGAGGUGACAAAGAGCCUUACGCGCUCUUACACCGUACGCAGAUUCCCCUUACGGCCGCCUGGGCCAUGACCAUCCACAGAAGUCAGGGGAUGACGCUGGACCGCGUUAUUGUCGACCUGACGAGGGCAUUCGAAGAGGCUCAGGUAUACGUCGCCUUGUCGAGGGUGAGGGGUCUGGCUGGGCUUAAGAUUAACGGUAGCUCGCGGGGUCUGUCGGUUGGGCAUGGAGGCAACGCCGACGUCAUACGAUUUCUCAGGGAGAAGUCGAUCGCAUCCGACCUCCCGCCUUUAGAGCCUUAA